UUUUGUCUCAUGUAGGUGAGUCAGAGCUAAAAUGAGGAAGUAGGAUGAAAUGACAGCAAGUUAGUCCAGAGCUGGAGUGCAAUGGCACUAUGUUUCUCUCAGCACAGGCUAAGGGUCACUACAGCCUCCUGCCACAGAGGACACUGGGAAAUGACCCCCAAAAUGCUGCUGCUAUUUUUACCGUUGAUGGCCUACCUAACCAGACAUGUUCAGUGUGAGUCGGAAGAUAUUAACGGAUCUGGACAAACAGUUCUAUAUAACACUGAAUAUCCCAAAUUGACCUCAGAAUACACUUCAGUAGAAACAGAUUUUGAAGACAACAUCGAAAUCGCAGGUUACAUCCAGAAUGUUACCAUAGGUGCCAUGCCAGAUGCCCAGGUUAUCGCAAAUACCACACCCACCUUUACAUGGACUACAACUGCAUCACAUGUAAAACAUCACAACAGCACCAAAGACACAGCAGUGCAGCGUUCCACUGUGGAUACGCUGGGGUUGGCAGAACAAGACACACCAGACACCAAGAACCCUUUGGGGCACUCGGACAGGACUGACGAAGAUUCGAGCAUCCUCAUCAUCAUCAUAGUGGUGACAGCCUUGGCCCUCUUCCUCACCGGCCUUGUGAUGGCAGUGGUCGUACUUAUCUGCAAGCGUAGGAACAGAAUCAGUGGGGGUGCUAUGAAGGAGGACCCCUACCUGGAAAGUGGUGGAGAUGAGAAGGUGCCAAUGCCCAUGUUUGAAGACGAUGUGCCCUCCGUGAUGGAGCUGGAGAUGGAGGACCUGGAGAAAUGGAUGAUGAAAGGAGAUGGAGAGGUUAGCACAGGCACCAAACAAAAGCAGUUUUCAUGAUCACAUUUCAUUACUUGUCUAUUAUCUGUUUCACUCUUGUGCUGCAGGUAGGCCUAAUUGCUGUGGACACAGAGCUGUUCUCCCAGUGGACAAAUCGCAUUAGGCAGAGAGAGAGAGCGCGAGAGCAAGAGAGAGAGAGCGAGAGAGAGAGAGAGAGAGAGAGAGAGAGCGUGA